AUGGCCGAGGCAAAGAUGCUUCAAUCAUUAUCACAGCCACGGAGGGCGUGUGAAGAAUGUAAUCGGAAGAAAACAAAGUGUGAUAUGAAACAUCCUGUUUGUGGCCUCUGCUUACGCACCGGGAAUGCUUGUCUUUUCCCUGCGAAAAGGAAGAAGCCUGUUCCUCGAAAACCUCAACCAAAAGUACAACCGCGACAAGUAAGCGAUAGCCUCGCCAAAUUAGUGCAGGUUCUUGAAGCAGCAUGCCGCCAAGAUGGUGAAGAGGAAUCAUCGCGCACCCGCCCGCAAAUAUCACAAUCUUUGCUCCGGGAUAGUCUCAAAGGCUUCCUUGCAGAAAUUGACUCUUCACAAAAUUCGAGGACGCAAAAUGCUACUUGGCGGCAACUACACCCACCAUCCGCAACAGAUGAGGAAUUGGUCGACGAGGAUGCCAUAAAUCCCGACGAGAUUGCCUCCGACGACAGAGACCAUGAGGACGCUUCGAUAACGGAACAAGACACAGGAUCGUGUGGUUCACCCACUGUAGAAGAGUGGACCGGUGAGAUCAGCUGCUCUUUGGCCAUAGAUUUAGCCAAUCAAUUCUUUGACAAGAUUCAAGUGUGGCUACCUUUGCUACAUAGACCACGCUUCCAAUCACACUUUGAGUCGAAAUUUCUGAAAGAGGGCGAUGUCAUGGGAGGACUGUCUGCUGACGAUGCGCUGUUGUUUUACAGCAUGUUUGCACUGUCAGCAAGAUUCUCUAAUCACCCUGCAUUCAAAAACAUAUCCCCUUUGAGGAGGGGACACUGGUAUGCAGAACGUGCAAGACAAAUAUACACUCAGGCUCGACCAACGCAAACGCCUUCACUGACAUAUCUUCAAGGUUGCAUCUUACUCGCAAACUACUUCUACACAUCAGGUCCAACACCUCAAGGAUGGAUUCUGAUUGGAGUGUGCGUUCGCUUGGCCUACGCCCUGGGUUUGUCGGAAAUUGAUGAUGAAGAUUGGACACCUGUUCAUCAUCUUGAAUCCACCGACAAAGAGGAAUUAAGACGCGCUUGGUGGUUGGUUUGGGAGUUGGACACGUUUGCUUCUUGUGUCUCUCGAAAACCAUACGCAAUUGAUCGCAAGCGAAUGGCAGUCAUGUUGCCAAUUUCGGAUGAAGCUUGGUUUGCAGGAACGCCGAUUGUCUCAGCUGAAUUGCUCAACCUCCCUGGCCACUCUUGGCGAUCUCUUUCUGGGAGCAGUAACCAGGACGAGAGAGCUUGGUUUCUCGUGGCGAACCACUUCAUGGCCACGAUACACGACCGGAUGCAGCAACGACAAGACAUAUCGACAGAUGAGAAAUUGACACUGCAAAACGAAAUUGUUUGCUUCAAGCUGGCACUACCAGCGUCGCUCCGACUUGAAAUCGAAAAUUUGACCUUCACACCAGAAACCUUCGCUAGAUGCAAUUGGGUCAUUGGUAUUCAUUUGAUGCUCAUGUCCACCCUCUUCAUGGUCUCUGGAAUUACCUCGGUCGAUCCUGAUGAUCGCAGCGUCUCAAGCACUGGUAAUAAUACUCUGACAUUCCUACGGCAUCGAGCAAUUGAGCUGUCAAGGAUAAUCGGAUACUGGGACGCUAAGUACAUAGCACUUGCUCACCCGUUCUUGACCUGUAUGACAUUGCCACCACGAGCUAUUGAUGGCGAGGUCAUGAAAUCACAACCUCUUGUGGUCACGGCGCAUGAGUUGGCGAAGCUUGUCCUAGGGCACUUCAGUGAAAAAUGGAAAUUAGGAUGUGUGGUUUCUGAAAUUGCGAAAAUGGUGGAACGCCCUGGUCUCCUCAACGCCGAAGAAAAACAGCUCGCGAAACGAUAUGCUGUUUUCUUUCGCAUGCCACGGCUCAGUGUCAAUAGCCCUACCGGAUCUCAAGGUCAGACCCACACAUCAGAGGUCGGUGGGAUGAGCAUUGGUGACCCUACUCAAUACCUCGGGGAGAUGAUGAACCACCAACAACCAACCCAGCCUCACGAUGAAUAUGCACAGUCCCUCAGCAUGUCAGACCAAGGAGGCUUAACCAACUUCGCGGUCUACGGACAACAGCAAUUUUCAAAUCUUCCACCAGAUAUGUACGACGGGCAGAAUGAUCUUGAUUUUGGGUUUUCUGAGUUUUUCGGUGGUUAUCAAGACCAGGACUUCACGCAGCCGCCACUAAGCUAG